GGGAGCGUGAGCUGUGGACGCGUCGAAGGCUUUAUGAUACCCUGGGUCAGCAGUGGUGGUUUGAAAAAUGAUGGGACGCAGUAACAGCUAGUGCUUGACCAGCGGAGCUAAACAAUUCUGGAGCACUAGGUGACACACAAAAUUGAAAACCUGGUGAAAACACCCCCACAUUGUGUCCUGAACUUGAUGGGAUUUUCUCACAACCUUUGGCUGACAUGGGUAAUGGGAUAAAUAAGAUCCUGCCCGAUCUGUAUCUCGGAAAUAUCAAAGAUGCGCGAGACAGGGAGCUGUUGGCGCAGCACAACAUCACCCACAUCUUGUCCAUCCAUGACACAGCUGCACCCAUCCUGGAGGACAUGACGUACCUGUGUAUAUCUGCUGCUGACCACUCGAAGCAAAACCUGAUUCAGUACUUCAGAGCCAGCAUCGUGUUUAUCCACGAGUCCCGACUGAAAGGAGAGGGCUGCCUCGUCCACUGUGUGGCAGGCGUGUCCCGCAGUGUGACUCUGGUGGUGGCUUACAUCAUGACGGUGACGGGUCACGGCUGGGUGGAGUCUCUGGCGAGGGUGAGGGCGGCCCGGCCGUGUGCGGGGCCCAACCUGGGCUUCCUCCGGCAGCUGGAGGAGUUUGAAAACACAGAACUGACCGAAUAUCAGGCCUGGUGGAAGGACCGGUACGGGAAGAACUCGUUGAACGAUGAUGAGGAGAUGGAAAACCUUUUAACUGGGAAAUCUAACAACAGCAGCAGCAGCGAUGGCAUAACAACCAGCAUCUCUCCUGCGCUGGGUGCAGGUGGCACCUGAAGAAAUGUCUUCUGGGAGUCUCGUCUUUCCUGGAGUCAAGCAGCUGAGGGAGUGACGGGCUUCUGCUCAGACCAUUAGACCCACGAAGACCAGACCAGCUGUUUGCCUUCGUCGUCGAUAAAUGCUCUGUAUCAAUAUGAUAACUUGAAUAUCGUGUUUGCAGGAUUGCUAAGGGGGUCAUGUGAGUGUGUAUGGGGGGGGGGAUUUUUUGAUGUCGUCAUCUCAGUCCCCCUCGUCAUGUCAUGUCCUUGCCUCUAACUGUCAAAACAACAUGCAAGGGCAGUCAAGCAUGACACCAAGGAAAUAUGUACAUACAGUCCGCAGUGUGAACUCACACAUUUAGCAGCGUUCACUCCCCAUUAGUUACAUUAUGCUGUGUCUUCUACUUGAAAUAUGAGUAGUCUAACACGUUCUGUGUGCAAGCUGAGUAAUACUGUGUCUUCCAGUGAAACAGUAUCAGAAGCAAUAUUUAUGUAUAUUUACUAAUCACAGUUUUAUUCCUUAAUUAAUGUUUUUUUGUUUUUGUUUGUAUUGUAAAAAAGCGUGUGGUCUAAAUAAGACUCUCAAUUAUGCCAUUAGAAGGAUUCACAGUCAAAGUUAAAUUUUGAUGGCAAGAGUUUGUGGAGUUAAUGAUUCACAACUACAUUUCUGCUCCAGAUUAUAAUAAUUUACACAUGUGAAUUUGCAUUUCAUUGAAUAAAAUCAUUAACAUGAA